AUGCGGCGCGAGGUCGGUGUCGGUGUGUUCCCAGGCGCGAGGUCGGUGUCGGUGUCGGUCAAGUCGGCACCGAGGCCGACUCGAUCCUCCGAAGAAUUGGCUUCUCCCUUCCCAGACGCUUUUCUUGCAUUUCGGCCCCAAGAGGUCGCGACGCCAGAGGUCUGCGCCCCCGAGUGCACCAACGUAGGAGGAGCGGGAUGGUACAUUGUUAUAGGGCCUGCCCUGCAGGCCGUUUGUGUUGACCUUCUUCCCUCCUCGCUGCAGUUAUUCUUUUCCGCAUCGUCGAUGCGCGUAGUGUUCACCCCUGCUUUCUGUGAGUUUGCAUGA